GCAAUUAUUUAUCCCGAUACUUUUCUUGUGGAGUGUAGCCUCGUAACCGGUUAAUAAAAACAAAAUGUCAGCAAAAGGUGGAAAGAAAUUUCACAAAUGGACCAUGGACUUCACUGGGGCAAAUAGGAUGAAAGGGGAGAAGCAGAUCUCAUUGUCUCACACCACUGUCCAGAAUCCCUACGGGUACUCAGAGCUCAGCAGCAGGAAGGAAACAGAGAGGCAGGAACAGGACGAGCAUCUCAUUAUCAAGAAAGGCUGGAACAUUGCUUUGGGGCCGAUUAAACAGAUCCCCAUGAACUUCUUCAUCUUGUGGAUGGCAGGCAACACGAUCUCUAUCUUCCCCAUCAUGAUGGUGGGCAUGAUGUUCUUCAGGCCCAUUCAGGCCCUUAUGUCUGCCUCCAACACAAUCUUUAAGAUGAUAGAAGGACCACAGCAUCUCAUACAGAAGUUUGUUUACAUACUGGGCAAUGUGGUCUGUCUCGGACUAGCCGUAUACAAGUGUCAGACCAUGGGACUUUUACCAACUACGUCUUCUGAUUGGCUGGCUUUCUUGGAAGCACAAAAGAGAAUUGAGUGGUCCGGAGGUGGCGUCGCAUUAUAACCAAUACCUGUACAUAGUUGAAAUUGUGAAUUGUGUACAUACCAAGUGGAAAAACUGAUGAACCUUUUCUCAACAUCUUCAAGACAUGCUGACUGAAGUCGUUCCAACAGUCUUGAAACUGUGAAAUAAGAGAGAAGUAGAAACUGUGAAUGACUGUUGUAACAUCAAGGAUGUGUAACUAUCUUCAUUUUAUCAAUCCCAGAAACAUAUGAUGUCCAACAAUAAUGUUAUGGUGUCAAUUAAGAAUGGUUUAAGAUUUCCACAACAUUGCAAACUUCUGUAAAAUGCCAAUGUCAGGAUUUAUCAGAGGGACAUUUUUUGAUUCACAUGUCAGGAUAUCUCUAUAUCUUUUUGCUGAAGAUAAUCGCCUAAAUUUCUGGUUUUGUAACAUAGUAAUUUUUAAUUCAAUAUUGUACAUCAUCAUUUUUUUUCAUAUUUUUUUAUUAAAAGACACAAACUAUAUAUAUUUAAUAGAUGUAGAUUUCAGGAAUUAAUUAGAUUCUUAUAUAUAU